AAACCUGCCUUCAACGCCUUGUUGUAUUGACGAUAGUAUUGGAUUACUGGUAAAGAACACAAAUCGUAAGAUCAUACAAUAGAUAACAAUACACUGGCAUGAUUUAUCAGGUUAUCACCAAGACUGAAGUAGAUCAACUAACAGAUGAACUAAAGAUCGAAUUUCCGGGAUCAGCUAAGAUCUUCUAUGUAUUAAGAAAUUAUUUACUAGGGUUAAUGGAAGGUUUUGAGGUGAUAGUUGAUAAUUGGCCAGAAUGGACUUGUAUUAUAUUGAAACCAGGGUCGGACCAAGAGGUACCUGGUUAUUUUGAACAUUUCUAUAUUUGUUAUGCCAAAAGUGUUGCGUCUCUUAAAUUUUUUAUACAACGACCAGGUGUCAUAGACUGGAAAAAACCUGCUACAUUUACAGGUGUACCGUACGAUAUUUUACCAGUUAUACACGAAGUCUGUAGAAAACAUGGUGGACACUUGCCAUAUAUAGAACCCAGAUUUAUGUACUGUUGGACUACUAAACCACCUGAAAUGCCCAAGAUUCCUGAAGGUAUCAAACUUACAACAUUAUUUCCAGAACAUGCAGAACAAUUACAAUGUGAUUGGAAGAAUGUGCGUGGUGGCAGUGACCUAGAUAUUUAUUUUCGACGUGUGAUAAAAAACUUUGACAGUAGUGCGCUGAUAAAUGAACAAGGCGAACUACUCGCAUAUAUUUGUAUGCAAUUUAAUGGGUCGAUGGCAAUGUUACAUGUGAAUAAAAACCAUCGAGGUUAUGGAUACGGGGAAAUACUGUUAAAAGCCAUGACACACAAACUAACGUCUAACAAAGAAGUAGCCUACGGUUUUAUACCUACAAAAGACGAUCUUGGAAUUAAAAAAGCCCAAGUUUUAGGUUAUACAUGGAUACCUCAGGGGAACAUGGUAUGGGUUAAAUAUCUUCCAACACCGAAACCACAAAAAGCUAUAGAUACAAGUGACGAGUCGUCUGACUUAGCUCUUUCUGAUGACGAAGAACCAAAUAUUUUUAUCAAUGCAAUUCCUCUUGCCGUGAACAAGAAAUCUCACAAACCAAAUUGUUUUACAUCAUAUGUGAAGUUGACAUAGUUUUAAUAAAAGCAAUAUACAUUUUCGU